AGGUGUGUGAGAAAGUGCUUUCCAGACUUUCGGCACUGAGAAGCAUUGUGCAGAUCUUGUACACGGUCUAUGGAAACGGUCUAUGGGUUUUCCAUGGCGAGCAGGGGCAGCUUUAGCUCUGAGUUCUCAGAGGAAGAACUGGAGGUGAGCAGUGAUGUUAGUAGCCCUAAAAGUUGUUAUGCAAACAGCACCCUAAGAGAGCUAGAGGAGAGACAGACCAAGAAACGCAGUAGACCAGUGCGUUCCAAAGCCCGCAGAGUGGCAGCCAAUGUGAGAGAGAGGAAACGCAUCAUGGAUUACAACCAGGCCUUUAACGCACUCCGGGUGGCACUGCAUCAUGACCUAAGCGGAAAACGACUGUCGAAGAUCGCCACGCUCCAGAGGGCCAUUAAUCGGAUCUCUGCUCUUUCAGUGUUUCUUACCAACAACCCACCAGCAUGCGUGGCAAAACCCUGCAGCCACAUGGAGUGUCACGGUCAGCCCAGCAGCUUGUGGCCAGAGACGGAGCCAUCACCCCCUUUCCUCCUGGAGUCCCAGAACUUUCUGUCCUGGCACCAGCAGCUCCCUCACCAUAUCCAAAACCCUGUGCACAGACUGCCCUCAGAGCAGCAUAUUUUCAUUGAUGGACAAAGGCACAUGGGUCCCGUUUGUCCCCCUUCCCCUCACCACCCCUGUUUCUCUCCCGAAGCCCAGCUCUACCAGACCGGACACUGCGGGACACCUCCUAGCAACAUGACCAGCCCACCCAGGUAUGGGAGACUAGGUGACAUUGGUGGGUAUCAACCAGGAUUUUGGGGCUCUUGUGGCCCAAGUCAUAUGGACAAUUAUGGAGAACCACACCAGACGGUUCCCCUUCCCUGGCACAUGAGCUACCUGCAAGAUGCUGGCCCUCAACACUGCCAGAACACACUUUGAUCCAUACAUGCAUGCACAACGGACCCAGUAAAAACGCUCUUGUGUCCAUCAAAGGCAAAACUAUGAGCGAGCACUGGAAAAAACUUGAACCCUCACAGAUAGCAGGUGGAUUCCUGUGGGUUGGUCUCCAAUGGGACACACUGUACAUAUACUAUAAUUACAUCAGAUAAGACACUUUGUGCUUUCAAAGUAUUAUUAUUGUCCAUGUUGCAUUGGUAAACAAAGCCAGAGGAUGAAGAUGUUUGUUUAAAACUCUCUCAGUGACAUUUUCCGUCCUUGCAUUGAUGGAGCUCAGCAUUUCAACUCUGUA